AUCAGGCCCGGACAAGGCUUUGGAAUCGAACCAGCAACUACAGUGCAAGGUGUAUUACAAACAUCAGCUGAGACCAUGGUACACGCACUGAGAGCAGUGGUCUGUUUGUCUCUCUGGCUGUCUGUAUGUCAAGUCAGAGGCUCUUACAUCCCUCAAGAGAUGAACAAAACCAUCCAGAACCUCCUGCAGCACUAUAAAAUUCCAGUGAGAGAGAGGUUUAACGGGAGGCCGGUCUUCUCCAGAGACCUACUGAAUGGCAAAAUGGAGACAAAGGUGGUGUUUAUGGGUGCUGUUUUGGACACCUAUAAAAAGCUGAUUGAGCACAUGAUGAAGCAAGUGCCGAGUCCCCACAUAGCUGGAACCCAGGUGCCCCCUGCCUCUGCUGUCGCCCCCGCUGUCCCCACCGCCGCCCCUGGCACUGCCAGUAAUGCCGAGGCAGGUGGUCUCAGGAAGGAGCUAGGCUACAUCCUGACGAAGAUCAAAUUCUUGAAAAGGCACUACAACGAGCAAGAAACGCUUCUGCACGGUCUGCAGAAACUCAGAGACAUCAAGAUGGAUGACAUGGUCGUCCAGAGCAAAGCACUGUGGGAGCUCCCGUGGCUGUAUGAGGAGGCGAGCACACUCAUUACACGGAAUAAGGAGCGAAGGAGGCGGAGACGGCAAACACGGAAGUUCAAAACACGCCCUCAAUUACAUUAA